UUUUUCCAAACCCAGUUGGCCUCAAAACACCAAGCACUCCUACGUCAACAUCCGAAAUGUGGCAAGGACACAAUGAAAAACCCACUUCGACCCGUUCGAUGGCCAAGGACAUAGCCCACCCUGAGAGGCCUUUGCCGCCGUGGAGUAGGCUUUUGGACCACAAUGCGGAAGGUUGUCUGCGGAGGAGAAGUGGGGAAAAGGAGGAGCACUACGAGGUGGAGAUCUCCAACCACUUAUGGUCACUUUGGGGCACCACACAGCAAGUGAAUCCAGAGGAAAACAGUUCUUCGUUGGAGUCCGCAUCCGGCAGGACCUCAGCUCCUGGCCAGGCGUUGGCAUGCUGUGUGAUAGCCUGUUGUGCAGGCAGUUUUCAAUCCUUGGAUUCCUGGGACUCAAGCGCUCUAGACUCUAUCAUGUUGAAUGGGCGGGGCUACUACAACGAAAGCUUGGCGAACAGGCAACUUUGGGUUCGAACAGGAGAGCUCUGCCUGGAGUGUCUGAACACCACCUGCUUUCUUGAUGGCCGCGAGUUUUGGGUGGACAUCGAAAAGUUCAGUACCGGCAAAUUGUACAGUAAAACCAAGAGUCUGGGAUCCGCACUGAGUGUGUUCUUCGGCCAGCACUUGCAAACGGGAAUUCUCCAGCUGAGGGAUCAGGCUCUGGCCUUUGGGCUUAUCCCAGAGUUCGCCUCCGGGGGGGCGUUCUUCCUCUUUCACUGCCAGGCGAGGGGGAAGCCGCUUUUCCAGGCCACCGAAAGUGCCCCGUAUGUGCUCAGGAUGCGAAAGCUACAGCAACUACUUUACUGCAUACUCAUAACUUUGGACGAGAAGCGCCACAAUGUGCCCUUCAGGAUCUACAAGGUGGGAUGUGUGCCCCGUGCUAAUUAACCGGAUGUGGGACAUAAGAAUAGAACCGAUCACUGGCCAAACUAUAAUUCCCUUGUUUAUCCAUAUCUUCCCCUGAAAAUGUAAGCGUAAUUUAAUAGCACAAUGCCAAAUCCUAUGUGUUAGCUGCUGCAUUUUAUAUUUAAAAUUAAAUUGCUCCCAUUAAGGCCAGAAUA